AUGGUUCCAUUCUCCAGCCUUAUUGUCGCCUCCGCGAUGGUGACAGCAGCUCUCGCUGCUCCCACCGAGAACCUUACCAAGCGCAGCAACUCCAAAAAGGGCGCUGCAUACAACGACGCCAGCCUCGUCGGACUUGUCACUGACGCCUCCUGGGCUUACAACUGGGGUAGCUAUGGAGGCAACCUCCCUUCCGGUGUUGAAUUCGUACCUAUGCUCUGGGGAUCCAACACCAAUGGAUGGGAUAAUAACGUCCAAGCCGCCCUCACCAGUGGCAGCAAGCACAUUCUCGGUUUCAAUGAACCCGAUCUCAACAGCCAAUCAAACAUUGACCCUUCUACCGCUGCUGCUCUAUACAAGCAAUACAUCACCCCUUACCAGGACCAGGCUGAAUUGGUUACCCCUGCCGUGACCAACGGUGGUGCACCCAUGGGUCUCACUUGGAUGGAGCAAUACCUUGAAGCUUGCAAUGGCGAAUGUGGUCAAACCGCCAUGGCCAUUCACUGGUAUGCGGAUGCCGCCUAUACCGAUCUUGAGAGCUACAUCACCCAAGCCUACAAUCUUGCGGCCAGUUACGGUAUCUACAAGAUCUGGAUCACCGAGUUUCAGUUGACUGGUGUCUCGGAUAAUGAUCAGGCAGAUUUCAUUAACAAUAUUAUCCCCUGGCUGGAUUCUACCGAUUAUGUUGAGCGUUAUUCCUACUUCUUUGUUGCCGAUGGUUAUUUGAUUAGCGGUAGCUCUUUGAGUACUAUCGGCUCCGCUUACAACUCUGCUGACUCUUACCAUUUGAAGAAGGUUUGA